AUGGCCACGGUUUACGGCAGAAACAGUCCUCCUGACAGCGAGGAAAUCACCAGCGCACCCCGGCCGGCAGAAUUCUUCGAGCUCGACGUGCCUGACGAUGAUGAUGCAUCUGCCCUCGAACGCGUGGUGCCGCCUGAAAAUGCUCAACCAGCCAUGAAACCAGUGUCGAAGGAGCGCCAGACAGGCAUCUUGCUCUGUGCCUUCUUUGCCGUCGUCAUCACCAUCGGCCUCAAUCAGGCCUACGGCGUCUUUCUCAACUACUAUCUCGCCGACGGAAGCAGCCCGAAGGAUCCGUUCCUCCCCAGAAGCGAAGUCUCGAGCAAGGCCAUGCUGGCCUUUAUAGGAACUUUGGGUUAUGGGCUGACCUGGGGCGGUAGUAUCUUUGUCAACCCCAUCAUGGCCAGAUCGAAGGAUCCGAGAUGGAUCACGGGCGCCGGUGCAGUGCUGAUCGGAGUCAGCUAUGUGCUGGCCAGCUUUUGUCACAAGGUGUGGCAACUCCUCCUCACCCAGGGACUGAUGUUUGGAGUGGGCACAUCGUUGAUGUACUUCCCCAUCCUGGCAGUGGCGCCUGAAUACUUCGAUGCCCACCGCGGUUCCGCUAUGGGCUUCAUCCUGUCAGGUGCCGGUGUCGGAGGUCUGGUGUAUGCCCCCGUCGCUCGCGUGCUGCUGUCGAAGCUCGGUGCAGCAUGGACUCUACGGGUUUUUGGGCUCGCCAAUCUGGGCAUGAGCAUUCCCAUUGUCCUGGGCACGCCUCCAUCCCGGAGUCUGUCUAAGCGACCCACGCUGGUGGAUGUUCGAAUUGCAAAGCGGCUCACGUUCAUCCUACAAGCACUGGCCGCCAUGUCUCAGGCCGCUGGAAAUUUGGUCCCUCUGACCUUCCUGCCCGAGUUCAGCACGAGGCUGGGCUAUACAGCUGCCUUUGGUGCCGCACUGCUUGCAAUCAAUAAUGCGGUGAACACGGUCAGUCGAAUUGCCAUGGGCUUCAUUGCAGAUAUCGCGGGCAGACAGAACACUCUGGUGCUCAGUGUGCUUGGAAGCGCCAUCACCGUAGUGGCAUUCUGGCUGUCGAGUGCCUACGCCGACGACAUGGGCCUGUGGAUUGCCUUUGUUGUCACCUACGGCAUUUUCGCUGGAGGCUACAACUCGCUUUUCCCGACGACGCUGAUCGAGGUCUUUGGUACGCAGGCGUAUGCCUCAGUCAACGGCUUCAUCUACUUCAUUCGCGGCCUAGGCGCUAUCUGGGGGUCGCCUGUUGGAGGCGCUCUCGUGGCAGGCAGCACUCGGCCUCAGGCAUACGUUUCACUGAUUUGGUACGACUUUGCGCUGCUGAUGGUCACGAGUGUCUGUGUGAUUACCGUCCGAGGCCUCGAUGCAGUGGAGAAAGGUCAGUUUAAACUGAAGGCCUGA